AUGGGUUCCCUGGUCCUGUGCAUGUACACCGCCUUCUGCCUGGUGGCUCGCUCGGUUUCUGGCAGUCCCAUCAUGGGCCUUGAGCAGUCACCUCUGGAAGAAGAUAUGCCUCUCUUUGAUGAUGUCUUCUCAGAGCAAGAUGGUGUGGACUUUAACAUGCUGCUGCAGAGUAUGAAAGAUGAGUUUCUCAAGACGCUGAACCUGUCUGACAUCCCGGUGCAGGAUUCAGCCAAGGUGGACCCACCAGAGUACAUGCUGGAGCUCUACAACAAAUUCGCCACAGAUCGGACCUCCAUGCCCUCUGCCAACAUCAUCAGGAGUUUCAAGAAUGAGGAUCUUUUUUCUCAACCAGCCACUUUCAGUGGGCUCCGAAAAUAUCCCCUCCUCUUCAAUGUGUCCAUCCCUCACCAUGAAGAGGUCAUCAUGGCUGAACUCAGAUUAUACACGCUGGUGCAAAGGGAUCGCAUGAUAUACGAUGGAGUGGACCGGAAAAUCACCAUUUUUGAAGUAUUAGAGAAUGAAAAGGACAAUACAGGUGAAAGAAACAUGCUGAUCCUGGUGUCAGGAGAGAUCUACGGAACCAACAGCGAGUGGGAAACAUUUGACAUCACAGAUGCCGUCAGACGUUGGCAAAAGUCAAGCUCAUCUACCCACCAGCUAGAGGUCCACAUUGAGAGCAGACAUGACCAGGCUGAGGACACUGAAAGGGGACAGCUGGAAAUAGACACCAGUGGUCAGAAUAAGCAUGACCCUUUGCUUGUUGUGUUUUCUGAUGACCAAAGUAAUGACAAGGAGCAGAAAGAGGAAUUGAGUGAAAUGAUUGCCCAUGAGCAACUUCUGGACCUGGACAACCUUGGCGUGGAUGGCUUGUCCAGUGGGCCUGGGGAAGAGGCUCUGCUGCAGAUGAGGUCGAACAUCAUCUAUGACUCCACUGCCAGAAUCAGAAGGAAUGCCAAAGGGAACUAUUGCAAGAGGACCCCUCUCUAUAUUGACUUUAAGGAGAUCGGCUGGGACUCCUGGAUCAUUGCUCCAACUGGAUACGAAGCCUAUGAGUGUCGUGGUGUUUGCAACUACCCCCUGGCAGAGCAUCUCACACCCACAAAGCAUGCAAUUAUCCAGGCCUUGGUCCACCUCAAGAAUUCUCAGAAAGCUUCCAAAGCCUGCUGUGUGCCAACCAAGCUGGAGCCCAUCUCCAUCCUCUAUUUAGACAAAGGUGUCGUUACCUACAAGUUCAAAUACGAAGGCAUGGUUGUCUCCGAGUGUGGCUGUAGAUAG